AGUCGCACACCGUCACUUGCUGCCGGUGGCUGCAUACCAAUUCCACCCUGUCCACUCCCACUCCCACUCCCACUCACCUCUUUACCUACUCCUUUCCACUGACUGCUGCAUGGAGUGUUAGCUGCCGUAGACCUGCAGCCAAUUCGACGCUCGAUUCAGAAAGCGCGCAAUACCCGAAGGUGACGAACAAGCAUUGGCGACGCCGUAGAAGUCAAGUCAACUGUAGAGCUUCGCCGACCUCCGCACCCCUCUUCUUCUGGCGCUGAACGCACGAGACCAUCGCGAUAUGGCAACAUAGCUCACAACACAAUCCUUUCGAGUCGAAGAUGCUGGACGGAAGACACACGUACUAGGAUGAGCUUGGACUCGCUGUUACCAAUCGCUCCCGCGAGAGUGAAGGCAUUGGUUCUGCCCCUUGGCCAGAUCAGAGGCGAUCGUUUCUCGUCCUUCAUUGAGCGCCUGCGGCCCGAACAUGUCGUCUCCUUGCGGGAUGUCAGCCCUGACGGGCGGCCGAACAGAAAUAUGUUCUCGCCCUUGGCUUUCCCCGACGGCGCUGUAUUCUACGAACUUAUAACCCACAUACCCCCACCGUCGCACCUCGCACUAUCGCCAUUCGACUUCUACCGCGAACCUCUUGCAGUCAUCGCGAUCGCCGACGGUGACGAACUGAACCGCGCCGCCUUCAAUAAAAGACAAUCCGGCAAUGCGCCCACCAUUGCCGAACAGAACAUCAGAACCUUGUACCAGGAAUUAGAGGACCUGAGAGACCGCUUCGGAAAGGCCCUUGUCCACCAGGUGCUCAUCUUCGACCAUACGCCCUCUAAGGAGAACCCAGUUCCCAUGCCUGAGGGGCUUAUCGCCAUACCGCCUCCGGACGAGUGCAAGAGGACAACCUUGAAGACAAUAAUGUGCGACAUAACCUCGCAGCUCCUUGCUGAAAUGACAGCCCUGGCCAAAUCGUUUGAAGCCAUGUCCUUCAUUGAAUCCCCCGGGCAAUCUCACUCGACGAGACAAGCGAACGGUGCAGCAUGGGGUGCCGAUGACACAGGGUCCGCCAAUAGGAGGAACUCGCAGUUCAACCCAGGCCCUCAGAGAUCGAGCUCAACCAGUGGCUUGCCAGACCGCCAAAUGCACCGUAUGUCCAUGCCAGUCGCGCCCAUCAAGCACAACUCAGCCAUCGUAUCAAGCAACUCGACACCAGCUCGACCUUCGACCCCGGUGAGAAGCGGGCUGUCGAACCCGCCGACCACGUUUGACGACCUGGCUGCUGGCCUCAGCACCGGGUCCACGACCCCUGACCAGGUUACACGACCGGGUGCUGGGGAACACUUCAGGUCGGAAAGCUCAGAUCGAGUUUCGGUGCAGGGUUUUGGUCCCGGGGGUCUCAACGACCGCUGGAGGGCCAAAGGAAAGGGCAGAGUGACGAUCCUCAUGGGAUCCUUGUAUCUCCAAGCUGGCCGGUGGCCCGACGCCCUGAAGGAACUUAUUGACGGUGCAACCGUCGCUCGGUCAAUCAACGACCACAUCUGGCACGGCAAAGCACUAGAGUUGGUUACCAUCACCCUGCUGCUCCUGGGAUGGGUCAAGGUCGAGUUUCAAGUCCCAGCGAUAUGUCUGCCUCCGCAGGACAAAACCACGGCUGCGAUUUUUACUGCGCUAGAUGCAGCAAUAACCGAUCCAAGCCAGCCCAAGUACAUCCGGAAUCUUCAAAUCGUACUCCCAGAUCUUCUGGAGCGCAUCGUCGGGCUGUACUCGAGGAUAUCAGCUGAGCACCUGCCACCCUUGCCCUUGGCUGAAACCACCAUUCGAUUCAGCAAGAUUUUAUCCGCAUUGCAUCUUGCCGAUGGAAAGUUGGGAGAGCGAUCCUAUGACACGAUGAUAUUUGGCAAGCUGCCUUCGACUCCCCUGACGACCUCUCCCAGGUUGAUUGUCGUCCCAAAUCGACAACAAAUCGUCACUUUCCUCUUCCGCGCAUUCCCCUCGUCAUCGUCAGAGCUUCUCACCAUUGCAGAUCGUGUUUCGAUCCUGGCAGGUAUUGCAUCUGUUCUUGGACCUCUGGGCCACCAUCGCAAGAAGGCCAUGGUCACCAGAGAGCUGGUGUCAGUUUUGAUCAGCGGGCUCGUCGAGGCCCGCACUCGAGGUGCUGCAGACAUGGGCAUACAUCCAGCCGCAGGUCUUGUGGCUUUGAACGCCGCCAAUGGACACAGCAACAGCGCAGUGGCUCUUGAGCUUGGGGAGGGCGAUGUGGAGCAAGGGAUCGAGGCCUUCCUGGCUCUUCUGUGCAAGUCGUACGGUAUUGUGGGCUUUGAUAUGAAGAAGCAGCCUUCAGAUGACGCGCUGUCUACCGAAGACUCCGACGCCGCGGUCAUUGAUAGAAUUCGGGGACAGGCGGCCGCGAGGUUUUUUGGGUUCACCAGCGUCAAACUGAACAUUCUGAGAGCAUGCAUCAACUUUUCUGAAGCAUUGCCUGACUUCAAUGGCGUGUUGAAGUUCUCAAGUGAUUUGCUUCGUACAGCCGGGUCUGGGGUAGCCCCCGGUCCUCGCAAGGAGGACGCAUCGCCGGUCAUCGCUCGAGACGAGCAGGUCCGUCUGGUUACAAACAUAUCCAAGACGUCGAAUUUGUCAAAAAGACUGGGCUUGAACCACUUGGCCGCAGAAUACUGGGAUGAGUUUUUCGUCCGCGGUGUUGCUUUGGAGCCGUUGCCAAACACGCGGAUUCCGGUCCCUCACGCAAAGAGCACGCUUCCUGGGGCCGUCACAGCGAGAACAUCUCAGGAUGUUAACCCAUUCAUCUACAAUCCGUUUUUAAAACAGGCCAACAAAGCGGCUGCCGAUCACAUCCUCGUUGCAGACGAACCGGCGACUUUCAAGGUCACUUUGCAAAACCCAUACGAUGUCGAGGUCGACGUUGAAAGCCUCCGGCUGGACACCAGCGGUGCAGACUUUGAGUCCAGCUCCGAAAGCACCAUCAUCGGGCCUUACCGAACCCAAAUACUCAAGGUCACCGGAACACCAAGAGGCCCUGGUGCCCUGAAGGUAACGGGUGCUAUCAUCCGCGUCCGUGGUUGUCGGGAGAGACGAUUUCCCAUCUUCAGCCACCCAUGGACACCGCAGGCAGAUGUAAAGGUCAAGGCUACUGGGCUCCCGGCUCUUGAAAGUACCAUCUCCUCCGAUGUUCGUAUCGGCAGGCCGCUCAAGAUAGAGGAUGUGGGGUUGAAUGUCAUUCCUCAGCAGCCGAUUGUCAUUGUCAAAUCAACGACACUCCCGCAAGCUUCUGUCAUGGUGCUCGAAGGAGAAAGACAAGUGUUCUCUGUCACGCUGCAGAACCUCUCCAGAACGACACCCGUAGAUUUUAUGCUUUUUUCAUUCCAGGACUCCACACAAGGACCGCUGCAAGCAGGAAUCAACAACCGAGAUGCUACGCCGGCCGAGUUGUACGAGUUCGAGUACAUUCUCAUGAAGCGGCAAGGUCUCCGAAGGUUGAACAAGAAGGAGCCCGAGAAGAGAUACAUUGCCCCGGGAGGCACCGCCACGUUUGACUUUGAAAUCCUCGGCAAACCUGGGUUGACAAACGCUGCCAUCCAGAUCGACUACGCCCAUCUCGGGAUGCCGCCGGAAGAGGUGAAGGAGCAAUUCCAUACCCGGCAAGUAUCCCUGCAAUUGACGGUGACUGUCAACGCCAGCGUCGAGCUUGCGAGACUCGAUGUCCUCCCUCUCAGUGGCCCCGUGCCUCAGCCGCUACUCAGCCUCACGAAUCUGGAGUCGAAGUCCGAUCCUGCCACAUUGGCGGAAGAAUACUGCCUGCUAUCUAUGGAUCUACGCAACGCCUGGCCGAACAGCAUGGAAGUGCAGCUAGAUGGCGAAGACGGUGUUGUGAUCAAGGAACACAUUCUCCCGGGCAACGUGAAUCGCGUCAUUGUCCCUCUACGACGCAUAUACCUUCAAGAUCCUCACGCUUCGAUCCCGGCUCUCAAUCCAUCAAGACAGCGACAGUUCGUCGUAAGCACCAGCAAGAUCACGCCAGAUAUGGAGCGCUCGAACAGGGAAGCAUUCUGGUACAGGGAGAGGAUACUGGAUACUCUCACAGCCAGGUGGAAGACAGUGUCCGGUCCGAAGCGGAGUGGCUACAUCGACCUCCGGGGCAUCAGACUCUCCCCCCGCAUGAUGGACGCUAUCAGGAUUGACGACAUUGGUAUCGACAUCUCCAUUGAGAAUCCGAGCUUGAAGGGCCUGGGUGGAACUGCCAAGGGGUCUAUCCUUGUCGACGAUUUCGUCCAAAUCAAGGUCGGCAUCACAAACCGGUCGGCUCAGCCAGUGUAUCCGAUGUUGCGGCUCAUGCCGGCUCUGUGUCACCGUCCCCUGAACGUCGCCUUGGACUUCACGCGGAAAUUUGCCUGGAACGGUACCUUGCAACAGGCGCUUCCCCUCCUGGCGGCCAAGUCCAGCAUCGAAGUGGAGAUGCAGGCGAUGGCCCUUUGUCGUGGAGAGUUCGAGAUAGGUGCAUCGGUCGAAGAGUACCAAAUCUGGCAAGAGCCCAAAGCAGCGAAGGACGAAGAGGAGGCGAAAGGGGGCCGGCAGCGAUCGGAUACUCAGACGAUGUUGGAUGCCAUCAUGGGCGCGAAGGAGCGGCGCAUCUGGCAUUCAAGGCAGGCCUGCGUCGUCAAGGUGAAGGAUCACGACUAGCAGCAUCAGAGAGCUAUCUAUAUCUUGUACAUGACGACGCGUAUGAUGGAUGCAUGUGGAAAAGACAAAUCAUACACCAGAGACUUGGAGUUGGCAAUUGCAGCGGCCUGUGUUACAAUAGACAGACAAUCAAGUUCUCCCCAAGAUGAGAGAUGAAAGAUAAAAGAUGAGAGGCGAGAGAUGGGCCAAGGUUGGCGGUGAUAUGGCUGGAUGGCUGGAUGGCACGGCACGGCACAGCCAGGCUCACAGGGAUGAGCCCGAUCAACCGGCGAUCGAAUUAAGCUCAUCCCUGGCAAAUGGCGUUGCCGCUAAGUCAUGCGCAUGCGUGGGUCUGACCGCCUGCCGAAUUUUAUUUUCUGCUUGAUUGCGAACCAAACCAAA